AUGCCUUCUAUGAGACUUGCAGUAACGACACUGUAUAAUAGACUUCCCGGUCGUAAGGAAAAGAUUCUAUGGGAAUCGUUGAGGCUCAGCAUCUGGGACACAGUAUUUCAAGGAAUGGAUCAUUGGGAUGGAUAUACUCGCCUCGUGUUCAACAAAGCUAGGAGGCUCGACAGCGCAUGGAGAAUUGAAGUUAAGGCGUUCUCGGGAAGUGAGAUACCCGAGAUCCCAGAGGAGAAAGCGAGACGUCAGAAGCAGGAAGCAGUAUCCGGGGAGGACAAGGCGAAGCAGGAUGAUGAGGAUGAGAGGAUGGCGGAGGAGAUGGAAAAGGCAUUCAAUGAGGGUAAAUGCUUGUCUAAAGAAACAUCAUUCACCGAGGUUUCGUAG